AUGGAAGAGGCACAAGAUGUCACUCAUGCAGAAGAGAAAGUAGUGAACAUUAGCCUCAAGGACCUUGCUAAGAAACUAGAGGAAUUUGCCAAGGCCAGAGAUUGGGAAAAGUACCAUAGUCCAAGGAAUCUUCUUCUUGCAAUGGUUGGUGAAGUAGGAGAGCUAUCGGAAAUAUUCCAAUGGAAAGGAGAGGUGGACAAGGGGUUGCCAAAUUGGGAGGAAUCUGACAAGGAGCAUCUAGCAGAAGAGCUAUCUGAUGUGCUGCUAUACCUCAUUAGAUUGUCUGAUAUUUGUGGCAUUGAUCUAGGUGAUGCUGCCACCAAAAAAAUUGUUAAGAAUGCUAUCAAAUACCCACCCAAGGCCUGCUGA